AUGAAACUCUUAUCAGUCUUAUUUAUUAUUUUCUUCACUUUAGCUUUUGCAUAUGGUUGUAAAGACGAACCUUGUGGUGCUGAUGAAGUUAGUUUUACCUCACAGGAUAUAUGCUUUUGUGUUGAAGAGAAGUAUUUCUAUGAUAUAUCAGUAUCAAUUUUCCUAAAAUCACAAUGGGAUAAAUCUGGAACUCAUUAUGGUCAAUAUGAAAUUCGACUUUUUAAUAAAAGGGAUACUGGUGCCUCAUCAGUUUCCGUAUCUCUUGGUCCAAGCAUUAUUACCACUGGUUUCCAAAUAUCCGGGGAAUACAAUAGUAUCACUAUUCCAAGAAUUGAAAAAAAAAAUUCCUAUUUUUUUAGUGUAACUUCAAUUGGUAGAGAUUUUCCAAAAAUUGGCAUUAGAUCAGUUACUUAUUAA